UGCCGGCCAGCGGGUUCGGCGCAGACACAUAAGCUGAAAUCGUCGCAGAAGGACAAAGUUCGGCAGUUCAUGUCCUUCACGCAGGCAGGGGAGAGGACGGCCGUAUACUGCCUGACACAGAAUGACUGGAAACUAGAAGUCGCCACAGACAACUACUUUCAGACUCCAGACCUCUACUAUAAAGAAUCCAUGAAAACCUCUGUGGACCGGAAGAAGCUGGAGCAGCUCUACAACAGAUACAAAGAUCCCCAGGAUGAGAAUAAGAUAGGCAUUGAUGGGAUCCAGCAAUUCUGUGAUGACCUCACCUUGGACCCGGCCAGCAUGAGUGUUCUGGUGGUGGCAUGGAAGUUUCGAGCUGCCACGCAGUGCGAGUUCAGCAGGAAAGAGUUCCUGGAUGGCAUGGCUGAGCUGGGCUGUGACAGUCCUGAGAAACUGAAAGCGAUCCUCCCUAGACUAGAGCAGGAGCUAAAAGACUCAGGGAAGUUCAAAGACUUCUACCAAUUCACAUUCAACUUUGCCAAGAAUCCUGGCCAGAAAGGUUUAGACCUAGAAAUGGCUGUGGCUUACUGGAAUCUAGUUCUGACGGGUCGCUUCAAGUUCUUGGAUCUCUGGAACCGUUUUCUACUGGAGCAUCACAAACGAUCAAUUCCGAAGGAUACAUGGAAUCUACUUUUGGACUUUGGCAAUAUGAUUGCAGAUGACAUGUCAAACUAUGAUGAGGAAGGGGCCUGGCCUGUCCUCAUAGACGACUUUGUGGAGUUUGCUCGGCCAAUCGUGACCGGGGGCAAGCGCAAAACCAUAUAGUCUUUAUUCUGGCUCCAUGUGAUAAGUGGAGUUUGUAUUUCCCCGAGUAUUUUUUUUCUGACUGAGGAUUUUUUUUAUACACAAGCCAAAAAGAGACUACUUCUUGACAAGCCGGUCUGCAGGCUGUCUGCGAGACGAGACUGUUUUUCCCCCAGUGUUCCAGUUCUUGAGUGAGAGACUGUAGCUUAGGAGUGACCAAGCAGUGAGAAGGAAGACAACAACAGAGUUUUUUUUCCUUCUUCUUUUUUUUUGUUUUGUGGUUUGCUACAGUUCGACUGCCAAGCAAGGACGUUGGAAUGGCUGUAGGAAUUGCUGUUGCUAGUGUGCUAGGGGGCAGCGAUGGUAAUCCUAGUACUCCUCACUGAUGGCUGAACCGCAAAUUGGUGUGGCUUAGAACCACUGCUGUGGACUUGGCUUGCUUACUUACACCCUCCUUCCCUGCCCCUGGCACCGUGAGCGGGGACAAUGGCAGAAAAUGCGCUUUCUGCAGGUGCAGACAUUGAUGAAGUGUAAGACACAGUAGGAUGUGGCCUCUUGCAUUGUCAAUUUGGAAUGGAAUAUGAUGUUACAUUUUGCAUGUUUUUUUUUUUUUUUGUCAACUAGCAUUGGGCAGUGCCAUGGAGGCGUAGGAGGCAAAACAAUUCUCUAUAUUAUUUUCACUGAGAGACUGUGGGAGCUCACACAAUCGUACUGAGAGGAGCGCAAAAUCGCUCACUUGCUGUUGCGUGUGGGUCUGCGUUUGUGUGUGUGUUAUGGGUUUAAAGUUAGGCCUCUUUUUAACAGAGCAAAUUAGGUUUUAUCAUAAUGUGGGAAGAGCUCUGAAUCGGUGACCUUCUCUCACUGAGCAACAAAGGAAAAGUUCAGAUCCACUUUUUGUAUUCAGAUGGAGAAUUGGACAGAGCAGCGUGAUUUUUGAGCUCAGCACCAGCAGCCACUUGUUACAGUCACCUAUGGGUGCAGUUGAAAUACUGUACCCAUAGGACUACGAAUGAAUAGCGCUUUAGAAGCGUGUGUGUGUGUGUGUGUGUGUGUGUGUGUAUAUACACACACUGAGGAGCCAAAACAUUAUGACCACCUGCCUAAUAUACAGUUGAUCCUCCGUGUGCUACCAAAACAGCACCAACUUGCCGAGGCAUGGACUCUACAAGACCCCCGAAGGUGUCCUGUGGUAUCUGGCACUAAAACAUUAGCGGCAGAUCCUUGAAGUCCUGUACGUUGUGAGGUUGAGCUGCAUAGAUCGGACUUGUUGGUCCAGCACAUCCCACAGAUGCUCAAUCGGAUCAAGAUCUGGAGAAUUGGGAGGCCAGGGCAACACCUUGAACACUUCAUCGUGUUCCUCAAACCAUUCCCGAACAAUAUGUGUGUGCCGUGUGGCAGGGCGCAUUAUCCUGCUGAAAGAGGCCACUGCCAUCAGGGAAUACCAUUGCCCUGAAGGGGUGUACCUGGUCUGUAACGAUGUUUGGGUAGGUGGCACGUGUGAAAUUGAAGUCCACGUGAAUGGCCAGACCCAGGAUUUCCCAGCAGAACAUCGCCCAGAACAUCACACUACCUCCACCAGCUUGUCGUCUUUCCGUAGUGCAUCCUGGUGUCAACAUUUCCCUAGCUAAACUGCUUACACGUACGCGGCCAACCAUGUGCUCUUAAAGAAAACGGGACUCAUCGGACCAGACGACCUUCUUCCACUGCUCCAAGGUCCAGUUCCAAUGCUCGCAUGCCAACUGUAGGCACUUUUGAUGGUGGAUCGGGGUCAUCAUGGGCACUCUGACCGGGAUGUAGCCUCAUAUGCCGGGUGCGAUGAACUGUGUGUUGUGACACAUUCCUCCUAUGAUCAUCAUUCAGAUUUUCUGUGACUUGUGCCACAGUAGACCUUCUGUCGUUUCUGACCAAACAGGAUAUGCUUUAUUGCCCUUGUGCAUCAAUGGGCCUUGGGUACCCAACACCCUGUCGCCGGUUUGUAGUUUGUUCCUCCUUGAACCACUGUCGAUAGGUACUCACCACUGCUGACAGGGAGCACCCCCAAGCCUUGGCGUUUCAGAGAUGCUCUGACCCAGUCUUCCGGCCGUAACAAUUUGGCCCUUAUGGCGGCAUGAUAGGCCAGUUGUUAGCACUGUUGCCUCACAGCGUGAAGGCCCUGGGUUCGAACCCCAGGCCCUCCCAGGUCUUUUCUGUGUGGAGUUUGCAUGUUCUCCCUGUGUCUGCGUGGGUUUCCUCCGGGUGCUCCGGUUUCCUCCCACCAUCAAAAAGACGUGCAUGUUAGGGUUAAUACUCCUGUCUGUGCCCCUGGCCAAGGCAAUGGAAAGAAGAACUGGAGUUGGCCCCCAGAGGCCGCAGCUGCCUACUGCUCCUAUACAAUAGGAUGGGUUGAACGCAGAGAACAAAUGUCAUUGUAAGAAUACAAUGACAAAUUAAAGUGGCUUUCUUUUGUCAGGGUCACUCAGGUCUUUAUUCCUGCCCAUUUCUCCUGCGUCCAGCACGUUGACUAAAAGAAAUGAAUGGUUGCUUACCAUCUCAUCUACCCAGACCUUGACAUGUGCCCUUGUUUGGAGAUGAUCAAUGUUAUUUGUUCAUCUGUAAGUGGUCAUAAUGUUUUGGCUCAUCAGUUUAUAUGUGUGUGUGUGUGUGUGAGAGAGAAAUGACACUUAUAAUCCUGAUGAGAAGUAUCUGAGAAGCUUAUAUGAUCCUGUUUUUACACCUACGUUUGAUUUUGUUUGCUGUUUUUUUUUCCAGUUUAGUUUCGCAAUGCAUAAUCUGUUGUACACGAGGAGAAACUGACUGGCAGAUCAACUGUUUUCCGAUAUAUCCAGGCGAUAACUCGUCCUGUACUUGCCAACUCUACCAACUGCACUGAUCAACACUUUUUAUUUCAUGGUCGUCGUAGGUCUUCUGCCAGGUAGCACUACACACAGCGACUCUACUGUUCAGUUUACAUGACAGUAGCGUUCACUUCGAACAUCCUACACUGAUUUUUUUUUUUUUGAAUGCACAGCUACAUCAAGUUGAGUUUUUCAAGAGUACUUCAAAUUGUUACUACAGUCUUAUGUCUGUUGCUAAUCAUGUACUACUUCUACCUAAUUUCGCUCGGUGGUGUUGGCUAGUUGGUCAAUGGUCCAUUUCACUGCUUCAGAGGAAGUCAUUUCACAUGUGUAAAGUUAGAAACUUGAACAAGAGUAUAUGGUUAAUGCGUUCAGCCCCAUCUUGGUGGGAGAGUAGAGUGUAAACUAGAACUCAGGUACCAGUAGUUCUCUCCUCCUCGGCCUCAGCGGGCAUCUAGGAGGCUUGCUCUUUCAGUUACACCAGUCUUUGCUGUGUUCUCUCCGCUGCAAACCACCUAGCCAUGCUCAAGUUCCCAUUCAUGUAGUUUUCCGGUGGCCGUGAUGGAGGGGUUUGUUAUGCUGCGUCUGGGAGGAGAAAUGAGGGCUGACUUAAGUUAUUCACUUGCUUUACAUUCGCAUGAACAAAUGACAACAUCCAACUGAAAGUGGAACGACCCCCCCCUGUUUUUAUUAUGCCAGCAAGACUCGUGUUACAGUCUCCACAUUUGCCCUAAUCAAUCUCUAAUCAAGGGGAAUUGGACAAGACUGCAGAGUUCUGCCAACUAAGGGGGGCGAUGGCUAUUUUAAUGAAUCUCAACUGUCGAAGGUUUGCUUCAGAUGAGGUGUGCUCUUAUUGGUUGCAGCUCAAGGCCAAAGCCUGUUUCCUCGUAGGUACACGUAAGCAUGUGUUGCGACACAGAAGGGGUUUUUUCUUCAUAGCCAUUGCUUGCAGAGGCUCACACGCACAUCUCAGAAACCUCAACGGGGUGUCAGCUGGGACCGGGUUCCCACGAGUCAUACCGAUCGAAGCCAACUGUGGUCGAACAGAGAAGGGUAUCAAGUCAGCACGACAUCGACAUAAAACCAAAACCGCAGCGGUGACAAAAGAGGCAACAGAUAUACAGACAGACAGAACAAAGAACUAAAUAAAGUUAUAUACCAAUAGCUUUACAUGCUCUUUUUGGCUGUUUUGCUGACAUUCCUUGUCUCCUUUUCCAGAUUUCCAUGGCUAUUCCUGUAUAAUUUGGAUUUGUAUAUGCGAUUCUGCCCUAUAUGGCACACACAAGUAUGUAGGCAAACGCCUGUGCAGUAGAUGAGCAUCAGUGUAAUGUACACGCUUGCAAAUGCACAGAACUUAAAGCAGAAAUCAGGCUUCAAGAGUCAAAACAGUCACUUAGAAACCAGACCGGGUGAGUUGUGUGCUGACCCACUGAAGUAUUUCAGUUGUACUGUCCUGGUUCAUGUCUAAGUAAGGCUAGGUGCGACUGAGCUUGGUCAAAACUGCGCAAUGAUGGGAAAACUUUCCCAGCUGGCUGUCGUGGACUUGUUCCUUAAGAGCACUGGUGGUUUUGGAACAGGGAGAGGAGCCAACCCUCAUUGUCCUGAAACUUUAAAGAGGUACGCUUUUGAGUUGUCAAACAUGUUAACCGUGUUUUUAGCCCUCCUCAGCUCAUUAUGCUCAAAACAGUGUUAUUUCUGCAGAAUAAAACAAAUGUUGACACUGUCUUGUCAUGGAGGUAUACAGUAUAUUGCUUUUGGCAAAAGGACAAUAAAGCAUGUAGAUUUUUAUAAAACGCUGUGACUUUCAGGUAUGU